GCGCUCUCCCCCGAGGAGUGGCGCAGCUUCAAGCUGGCGCUGACAAAGGGUGUGGCCAACCCCACUGUGCUGUUCCGCUUUGCGCUGCCAGACAAGGACCACGAGCCGGGGCUGCCAGUCGCAUCCUGCCUGCUGGUGCGGGCGCCCAUCGGCAGCGAGAAGCCCGACGGCUCCCGCGCUUUCGUCCUCCGGCCGUACACCCCAAUCUCCCGGCAUGCCAAAGGACACAUGGACCUGGCAAUCAAGGUCUACCCGGGCGGCAAGAUGAGCCAGCACAUUGACCAUCUGAAGGUGGGGGACCAGCUGGACUUCAAGGGGCCCCUCAUGAAGAUCAGCGUGGAGGAGCUGUCCAAGCGCAAGCGGUUGGGCCUGAUUGCGGGCGGCAGCGGGCUCACGCCCAUGCUGCAGGCAAGCUGGGGGCGGCGGCCACAGCCAAGCCAUCAUGGACAGGAUAUCAACAUGCUGUUUGCCAAUGUGUCGGAGGCAGACAUCAUUGCCAAGGACCGGCUGGAUGGGCUGGCCAAGCGGCACAAGAACUUCCACAUCCACUACAUCGUGGACAAGACGGACAACAAGGCGUGGGGCGGCAGCGUGGGCUACAUCACCAAAGACCUGCUGGCCAAGCUGAUGCCGCCGCCCGCCGACGACUCGCUGGUGCUGGUCUGCGGUCCGCCGGGCCUCAUGAACGCUGUGUCCGGAGACAAGCUGCCCGACAAGACCCAGGGCCCGCUGAGCGGCCUCCUCAAGGAUAUGGGCUACACGGAGCAGCAGGUGUUCAAGUUU